CGCACGCGAUCUCGAUCACGUUGGACGACGGUUUUUCGUUACUGCGGUCCUCUAACUUUUUGUCCGGUUUUGACUUGAUAAGACCUAUCAGUUUUAAAAAGGGUUGAACUAAAGGUUUAAAGCUGGAUUCGACGGUAAUGCGAAGUUGAAGUGUACCCGGUGACGCUUGGGUGACGGGUGCGAUUCCAGUUGGAAACGCGUUUCGUGUUCUGCUGUGUGUAGCAUAAAAGCAUACUUUGAUCGCGCUGCUGCAGUGGUGGUGAGAGCAUAUACCGAGCCGGAGCACCUGCGGACGAAUGAGAGAAACGCGACGUCGGCAUAGAAAACAGUCUGCAGAGAAUCACCAGAACCAGUGACCUGUGUGUGGAUGUGACUGACUGACAGCCAGCUUGAACCUGGAAAAAAAAAUACAAGAUUUCUUCAGAAGGAGAUUCUGGUCCACCUGUCAGCAGCAGCAUCAGGGAACAAGAACUGGCUGCUGCCGUGGUUUUUUGUCGGAAUGACACUCGAGUCAACGAAGUGAGUGAUAAUCGAAUUACCGAACGUGCGGGACUCGGAAAGUUUAAAUUCGAUUGUGUGACCCGGAAGACAAGAUGCUGAACGGUGUGUGAUAAGACAGGUGUCUAAUUAGAAAGAAACUUGUCCGGUGGGAAUCCGGACUGCUGUGGAAGAAGGUCAGCCCAAGUUUGGCGAAAUUGGAGAAGUUCUGAUCCGAACAGAAAGUGAUUCCGCUGCAUGUCGAAGCAAUCCGGGGCUGACAAGUGUUUGUUUACAGUCUGGAGAGCUGAGAGGAAAACACCCGGAGCUGGGCAAGAUUGUAGCACAGCUGGAACUUGACUGAACAAAGUGGCAAAUUUCGUUGACAUUUCGUUGUUCCAGUUAUCCAGUGUUUUGUUUUUGGUUUGCAUACAUCGUCGAGCAUAUUCUAGUAGCAGUAGCCGCAGCAGCAGCAGCAGCAAGAGUCGAGCGUGAACCCGUGUGCCUAUUUGCGAGUGUGUGUGUGCGCGAGUGGCCGCAGCCUUCUGAGAGCGAGUUCUGUUGAAUAGUCAAAAAAUGUAGGCAAAAUUCUUCCGCAUCAGCAUAUGGUUACUAGAUAAGGAUCAGUGUUGCUUUCUAUGUUAGUUUGAUCGGAAGAUGUUGUUAAACUAAACCUUGAAGUAGUUCAAAACACCACCAAACAACCUUGCAAAACAAAAGAGUUCCAAUAAGAAAAUCGAAAUGUGUGUUAGUGUUACAGCAGCAAUCUGGCAGCAGCAGUGAAGAUUGGUCCAGUGGCUGAUGCCGAAAAAAGAAAAGCAAGAGGAAAAUCUCACUGUGCUGGUGGAGGAGAGAAAUAUGCUGUGUGAUGCUGUGCCCGAGAAAGAAAAGUGUUUCCAGUGCAAAACGUGUUCGUCUGUGUUAGUGAUUUUACGUAUACAACAACAACAACAACAACAACAGCCGACGGCCGGGAAAACGGAGUGGAUUGAAUCGGGUCGUCGUCGUCGUUUCCUAUGUAUAGAUGUAUAGAUAUAGUUUGCUCGCGUGCGGCAUAUUUUCCAAUGUCAAAUUAUGAGCGGAAUUCAAUUUUCCGGUCCCAACCGACAGAAGGUCACACUUUCCUCCCCUUAGAGUAGUAGCAUUAAAAUAGGAAAAAUCUUCCCGUUGGUUCUUGCGUCGAGUCCCGAGCGGCGAGCGGCAAAAAGUUUAUAAAACAGAGUAGGAAAAAGUUAAGCGUAAAUGUUGGUUUAUGUUUUUAUUUUCCCGAGCGGAGAAGAAAAGUUAAAUGAUAAAAUAUCUUUAUUAAAGUGAGUGGAAGGAAAAUUUUCUUCCGGUUGAUUAUUUGCAUUCCGUGAAGUGGAAAAAUGUCGUCCCACCAUCUGUACGGGGCGCUGAUCGCGCUGACCUGUGUGCUGUGCUAUCACAAUAGCCUAAACUGUGGCUUCGUGUUCGACGACAUCAGUGCAAUUAAGGAAAAUCGGGACCUGAGGCCUCAUUCGUCCAUCAAGAACGUCUUUCUCAACGACUUCUGGGGCACGCCGAUGCAUAAGGAACAAAGCCAUAAAUCAUACCGGCCCCUGUGUGUGCUGACGUUCCGGUGGAACUAUUUGCUGCAUGGGCUCGAACCGGCCGGGUACCAUCUUGUGAAUGUGGUCCUGCACACGAUCGUUUCGCUGAUGUACUUCCGAAUGUGCGCCAUGCUCCUGUCGGAAGUGUCCAGCUUUGCAGCGGCGAUGCUGUUCGCGGUGCAUCCCAUCCACACCGAAGCGGUGACCGGUGUGGUUGGUCGGGCCGAAACGCUGUCGUCGGUGUUCUUCCUGGCGGCGUUCAUCUUCUACACCAAGGCGACCCGGCGGAAAAGAGCCACAGGCUGGCGCUAUCUCUCGGUGGCAAUGAUCUUCGUAGCCACGGCCAUGCUCUGCAAGGAGCAGGGCAUCACCAUCACCGGCGUCUGUGCCAUCUACGAAAUCUUCGUUGCCCAGAAGAUCCGGCUGAGCGACAUCUACCACCUGGCCCGGUCGGUGAUGAGCGGUAAAUCGCUCGCCCUGCCCAGCGGUUGGUGGCCACACGAGGCCACCCGACGUCUGGCUGUGCUGUGCGUGGCCACCGUGGCGCUAUUGUUCGCUCGAUUGCAAAUCAUGGGCUCGCAGCUGCCGGUCUUCACGAGGUUCGACAAUCCGGCCUCGGUUUCCGUCACGCCAACCCGGCAGCUGUCCUACAACUAUCUGGUAUCGGUCAACCUGUGGUUGCUGCUGUUCCCGUGUGAUCUCUGCUGUGACUGGACCAUGGGCACUGUUCCGCUGGUGGAGAGCUUUUCCGAUCCGCGAAACCUGACCACCCUGGGGGCGUACAGUCUCAUCGGGGUGCUGGUGUGGAUGGCAUUCCUACAGGGCGAUCGGCACCGGUCCGGGGUGAUUGUGAUGGGUCUCGCCUUCAUGAUUCUGCCCUUCCUGCCGGCAUCGAAUCUGUUCUUCCCGGUGGGCUUCGUUAUUGCCGAGCGCGUUCUCUACAUGCCCUCGAUGGGAUUCUGCAUCCUGGUGGCCUACGGAUUCCAGCUCCUAUCGGAACGAUGGAAUCGAAAAAUGACCUGGUGCUGCCUGGGAUUUCUGCUGCUAAGCCACUCAGUCAAAACCUACAACCGCAAUGCCGACUGGGAGUCGGAGUAUACGAUCUUCAUGUCCGGACUGAAGGUAAACCAGCGAAAUGCGAAGCUGUUCAACAACGUCGGACAUGCUCUGGAGAGUGAAGGAAAAUUCGAAGAAGCCCUGCAGUUCUUCCAUAAAGCCGUAAGCGUUCAGGAGGAUGACGUUGGGGCACACAUAAACGUCGGACGGACGUACAAUCACCUUAAAAUGUUCAAGGAAGCUGAGCAGGCCUAUCUGAAAGCGAAGUCUCUGCUUCCGAAGGCAAAACCGGGAGAAUCGUACCAGGCGCGGAUAGCGCCGAACCAUCUGAACGUGUUCCUCAAUUUGGCGAAUCUGAUCUCGAAGAAUGCGACCCGGUUGGAGGAAGCGGAUUUGCUGUACCGGCAGGCGAUCAGUAUGCGCUCGGAUUACACCCAAGCGUACAUCAAUCGGGGUGAUAUCCUUAUUAAGCUGAAUCGGACGAAGGAAGCGCAGGAGGUGUACGAGCGGGCCCUGCUCUACGAUAGCACCAAUCCGGAUAUUUACUACAAUCUGGGGGUGGUUUUUCUGGAACAAGGCAAAGCUUCCCAAGCGCUGGCCUACCUCGACAAAGCGCUGGAGUUUGAUCCGGAGCACGAGCAGGCCCUGCUCAAUUCGGCCAUACUACUGCAGGAGCUCGGGCGACCGGAGCUUAGGAAAAUUGCCCGCGAGCGGUUGCUCAAGCUGUUGGCCAAAGAUGAAUCUAACGAGCGGGUCCACUUCAACCUGGGAAUGCUGGCGAUGGACGAUCGCAAUACGGACGAAGCGGAGAACUGGUUCCGGCGGGCGGUCCAUCUCAAGCAGGACUUUAGAAGUGCGCUGUUCAAUUUGGCCCUGCUACUGGCCGACGACCAUCGGCCACUGGAGGCGGCACCAUUCCUCAACCAGCUCGUCAAGUACCAUCCGGAUCACAUCAAGGGCUUGAUCCUGCUGGGCGAUAUCUACAUCAACAACAUUAAGGAUCUGGAUGCGGCGGAAAAUUGCUACAAACGCAUCCUCCAGCUGGACCCGAUCAACAUCCAAGGCCUGCACAAUCUGUGCGUGGUGUACGUCGAGCGUGGCAAACUAGCCCAAGCCCAAGCCUGCCUAUCGCAUGCCCACCAGCUGGCACCGGGCGAGGACUACAUUCUGCGCCAUCUGCAAAUCGUACAGACACGAAUCAACCGGCUCCGGGGGACACCCGGUCCCAGCCGGGAGAAGGAAAUUGCCUUUGCCGACUAUGACCCCCGGGAGUUUGGCGGUAGUCCAUCGUCGUCAUCGUCGUCAUUGUCAAGCGGCGUUGACUUCCAGCAGCUAAUUAACAGCAACAGUGUAAAUAGUAACGUUAAUGAUGCGGGGGUGGCCGACGAGGCCGAGAGUACUAGCAGCAGCAGUAGUAGUAGUGGGGACACCAGCAGCAGCAGUAGUAGUAAUAAUGAUAACCAUAAUAAUCUGAAAACAUCAUUACCUCAUGCGAAGGGCGCGAACGAUGACGCCACAGCAGCAACAGCAGCAGCAUCAGAUAGCAGUAGCAAAGCCAACGACGGCCCUAGCAGCAUAGACAACAGUGAUCCUAUUUUUAUCGAAUCGGAAGACCCAAUGUCGGCGACGGCAUCGGCAGUGCCAGCUCGCAGCAGCAACAGCGAGGACCCACUGGUGGCCAACGAAAGUCACCAGCAGGAACGGCAAAGUGCGCCCAGAUUAGGCCACAGCAGCAGUAGUAGCAGUAGCGAUAGUGGUAACAGUAGAAGUAGUCCCCAUUCCCAUCAAAAUCAUAACCACCAACAGCAGCAGCAGCAACAGCGGAGAAGGAGAAGAAGUCCCUCACACCAUCACCACGUGGAUGAUGGUAGCAGCAACAGCCCCCAGCAGCUAGUUGGGAAGGACUUGGAUGAUCCAUCGUCCGGGAUGUCAUAGCAUCAAAUUCUUAAUUACAAGUUAGACUGUUUCAAAAUUAAUUAGGAACUGAAAACUGUGGACUGAACAAAAACACUGGCUGCAGCUGCAUGCAGGCAGCACUGAUACAGUAAUGAUGAUGGUUGGUUGCUUGAUGUUAAACAGGACGAAAUGAGCGAACGAGAGUUGUAUGUGUGCGUGUGUCGGGGGAUGGCGAUAGGAGUUUGUACUUAGGGCUAGUUGAGGAAAGUUUUCCCAUUAUAGCUGGUGGUGGAUGACCAGAUGAGAAACAAAUAUUAGGCGGAGCGAAGCACCAAGCAGCACAUAAAAUGCACUGUGAAAUGAUUGGGAAUGAGGAGGAUUUUUUACAUCUGUUGGAUUUUUGAUUUGCUGAAAUGGAAGAGAAGUUUUAGACUUUUAUUGUAGCCCAAUCCACGAAAAAUUCCAGUUUAAUGGAGACGCAUGGUGGUUCCUAACCAAAACAAUGGCGGAGCAGAUUAUACACGAAUCCCUCGAAGAGCGUGGUGGGUUCAUUCAAUAUAACCUUCUUAGAAAGACGCUCAUUCUUGCAAAUGGUAAUGGUUCUCGAAAUCGACCUGUGAACUACAAAAAUAACAUUUACCUGAAUUGCAAAAUAGAUGAAGGUUGAACAAAAGCAAACCAUCCUAUAAAUGAUAAGCUUCCCUUCUUUAAAACAUGCACUGUUCACUUUUACACUAUUUUACCAAAUUAUCUGAGCGAUCAGCUCAAGUUUAAUGGAAGGGGAAAUCGUCAUUUAUUGGGUAUUUUC